AUGUGUGCGUUGAUUCGAGGUGAUCAAGAACCAGAUGUCAAUAAUCAUAUUUAUGAGGAACAUUAUUUGGCUAGUGAUGAUGACAAUGGAAUUGAAGAUCUCGAGUUUCCUGAUAAUGACACACUAUAUAAUGGCGGAUUUCAAAUAGGAGAAAGUAGUAAUCCUAAUUUAGAGGACGCAAAUCAUGCAGAAGACGAAAAUCACUUCGUUGAUGAAGAUACAAAGGUUAAUAUCGAUUUCAGUGAAAGACAACCACAUGUUACACAUGAUUACGUUUCUCCUGGUGAUACCUUGUAUUGGACCCCGAUUGUUUUAGACGAUAUCAAACCAAAAGUUUCAUCAAAAUUUUAUUCAUAUGGUGAAGCAGAAACAAUGUAUAGAAACUAUGCAUUAGAAUCUGGUUUUGAUGUCAGGCUUGGAAAAGUCCAAAAAACGAAAAAUGGGAUUAUUACAAAUAGACGUCUUGUAUGCAAUCGGGAAUGUAAUCCAAAUACUAGUAAAGUAGAUACUCUGGACAUUUAG